UCCCUCAAGAUACCAACCGCCGAAUCUUCUACUACUAGUACUACUUCUUCUCCCAUUUCCAGGUCGGCUCUCUCUCUCUCUGUCUCUGUCCCUACCAUGCAAUCAGGUUGUCAUUGCUGUAACUAGUGAUCGAUCGCCUGAAUGCUGUUUUUGCUUUUAUUAUUCUUAUGGCUAUGGCUGAUCUUCCAAGAAGAGGAAGACUAAUAUUGCUUCUAGUUUUAACCAAUCAAGAAACCACCCACCAUUUUGCUUAGCCAUUGCUGAAUUGGGUUCGCUUCCAUUCCAUCUCUAACUCAACCUACCUUGAGCUGAUCAACUCUUGUAUGCUGCUUGUUUUUCCUGUCCAGUUUUUUCCCCGUAUGUAGAGAAUGUUUGAGCUUUCAAGUGCACCGUCAUAGCAAUUGCAGUUCGAAUGUUUCUUAAGUGGAACAAUCUAUUGGUAAUAUGUUAUUACUGAUCAUCAACUUUCUUGAAACCCUGUUUCCCUCUUUGCCAAAUCACAGGUCCAUAGCAGAAGGAAGGAAGGAAGGAAAAAAAAAUUUUGAUUUGACAGUGGCACCACCAACUCAUAUGAAGCAUGAUGAAAAUUUCCCAUCUCUUCGCCUUCACAGCUCUCCUCUUCCUGUGUCUUCUAUUUCACCUUCCACGCACAACCGCUGGUGACCUUCGAUCAGACAGAAAGGCACUUCUCAAUUUCGGCACAUCAGUUCCACACACCCGCAGGCUCAAUUGGACGUCCAAUGGCAGCCCUUGCAACUCAUGGAUCGGCAUCACUUGCGCCCGAGUCAACUCCUUAACCCGAGUAAUCGCGGUUCGCCUCCCUGCCGUCGGCCUCUACGGUUCAUUCCCCGCCAACACCAUCGGCAACUUGGACGCCCUCAUCACCCUCAGUCUCCGAUCCAACCAACUCGCCGGCGAUCUCCCUACCGACGUGCUCUCUCUGCCUUCUCUCCGCCACAUUUACCUUCAGCACAACAACUUCUCGGGGACCAUUCCUUCCGCCUUCUCACCCAACCUCGUGGCUCUCGACCUCUCCUUCAAUUCUCUCACCGGCGACAUCCCGAAAACACUGCAAAACUCCACGCAACUCACUAGGCUGAAGCUGCAGAGCAAUGGCCUCACUGGGAAUAUACCUUCUGCUCUCAAUGUCACUCAGCUGCAACAGCUGAACGUUAGCUACAAUCAAUUGAACGGCUCGAUUCCUUCAACCCUCCGAACCUUUCCUUCUUCUUCUUUCGUCGGGAACAAUGAGCUCUGUGGGCCACCUCUUAAGAAACAGUGCCCUAAUCUCGCACCUUCUCCUUCACCUUCCCCUGCCCCUUCCCCUGUUCAUUUACCGCCGCCAACCCGUUCUAAAGUCCCCCAACAUCGAAUAGGUGUCACAAAAUCGAAGAAGCUCACCGGAGGAUCGGUGGCCGCGAUCGCCGUCAGCUCGGUGGGGGGAUUCUUUCUAGCCAUGGCCGUGUUGGUGUGCUUUUUGAAGAAGAUGAAGAAGAAGCAAAGGAAGCCUGAAGAAGGUGUAGGAGGAUUCAAUGGUAGGGCGAAAGGGAAAGGCGAUGAGAAGCCAAAUGAAGGGUAUGGGAGCGGAGUGCAGGAAGGAGAGAAGAACAAGCUGGUGUUCUUCAAUGGGUAUGCUCAAAGUUAUGAUCUUGAGGAUUUGUUGAGAGCUUCUGCUGAAGUUCUGGGGAAGGGUAGAUAUGGAACGAGCUACAAGGCCGUUUUGGAAGACGGCACGGCCGUGGUCGUGAAGAGGCUGAAGGAACUCGUUCUUGGGAAGAGAGAGUUCGAGCUUCAAAUGGAGAUUGUGGGGAAAAUGAGUCAUCAUCUGAAUGUUCUUCCUCUACGUGCCUACUACUAUUCCAGGGAUGAGAAACUUCUAGUGUAUAAUUACUUUCCCUUUGGCAACUUUUCCUCCCUUUUGCACGGAAACAAAGGGUUUGGAGGAAACGAGGUGGACUGGGAAACCAGAGUGAACAUUUGCCUCGGAGCUGCUAGAGGGAUCGCACACAUCCACUCUGUCGGUGCCAAUGGCGACAAGCUGGUCCACGGCAACAUAAAGUCGUCAAAUGUGCUAAUUACAUUAGAACACCAGGGAUGCAUCUCGGAUUAUGGAUUGGCAGCCAUGAUGAGCUAUCCAGUUCUCCCAACGAGGAGCUCCGACGGCUACCAGGCUCCUGAGGUGAUUAGUACGAGGAAGUGUACUCAGGAGUCUGACGUGUAUAGCUUUGGGGUGUUGUUGUUAGAGAUGCUUACAGGGAAAGACGCGGCGGCAGCGGUGGAGAUACGAUCGGGAAAGGCAGCGGAGCAGGCGGUUGAUCUGCCAAGGUGGGUGCAGUCUGUGGUGCGGGAGGAAUGGACGGCAGAGGUGUUUGAUGCUGGUUUGACGAGGUUCAAGAAUGUAGAAGAGGAGAUGGUCCAAAUGCUUCAGAUUGCGUUGUCUUGUGUGGCUAAGUUGCCGGAGACUAGACCAUCCAUGGAGCAAGUGGUGCGGCUGAUUGAGGAUCUCCGACCAUCGCCUUACUCUGCCACCCCUUCGCCGUCCCCUUCAGUGGUCUCCAUGUCCCUCUCUGUCGCUUCCACCUCCGACUACCGGAGCGAAAGGUGAUGCAUACUGCACACAUUGAUACAACCAUGAACAUUGAGUAUCCAUACUAGUAGUAUGAGGUAAUAGAAGCUGAACAAAAGGAACUUACUAGUUACCCAUUCCUACUGCUUCACUGUCAUUUUGGUAUACUAUGCUUCUAUUCUAUCCUGUAGAGUUAUCAUUUCUUCAUACACAUUCUUCUGCCCUAUAGAGUCAUCUUCACACACAUUCUUAGUAUUACUCAUCUUGGCAUUGAGCAUUGGUUCUCACCAUCCUUUACCUUCCAUUCAAACACCUCCAAGAAUGAAUGAGUAUAAUGGAA